CACGGCCGGCGGCGCGACGCGCAGCGGGGACGGGACGGGACGGGAAGGGAAGGCGGCGCGGAGCAGAGCGGAGCGGGCCCGGCCGGGUCAGGUCAGAUCUAAUCGGGCCGGUGGCCCCUGUCCCACCAUCUGGGCCUCAGCAUCUCCUCCUCCUGGCCCUGGGCAGUGCCCUGGGUGGUUACCAUGGAGAAUGAACAGUUGCAGGUACCACCUCCAUCCAGCAGCUCAGCUAGCACCAGCACCACAACCAGCAGCAGCAGCAACGGGCGCCAGCCGGGACCCCAGAUCUCCGUGUACAGUGGGAUCCCAGACCGUCAGACUGUCCAGGUGAUCCAGCAGGCCCUGCACCGGCAGCCCAACACCGCGGCGCAGUACCUGCAGCAGAUGUAUGCAGCACAGCAGCAGCACCUCAUGCUGCAGACGGCGGCUCUUCAGCAGCAGCACCUCAGCAGCGCCCAGCUCCAGAGCCUGGCCGCCGUGCAGCAGGCGAGUUUGGCUGCUAACAGGCAGGGCGGUUCGUCCGGCAGCAAUGCCUCCCAGCAGGCACCAUCGCAGCAGCCCACGAUAAACUUGGCCACGUCCCCGGCUGCUGCCCAGCUGAUCAACCGAGCUCAGAGCGUAAACUCUGCUGCCGCUGCCGCCUCGGGCAUCACCCAGCAGGCUGUGCUCCUGGGCAAUGCCGCCUCCCCAGCCCUGACAGCCAGCCAGGCCCAGAUGUACCUCCGGGCCCAGAUGGCCCAGCAAAGUAACCUUGUGCAAGUAGCUAGGAGCCUAGGCCGUGCUGUUCCUUUAUCCCCCCAGCUCAUCUUCACGCCUACGGCCACAGUCGCCACGGUGCAGCCCGAGAGCGGUGCAGCCCCCACCUCCCAGCCAUCCACCACCACUGCUCAGGUACAGAAUCUGGCCAUAAGAACUCAGCAGACAGUAGCACAAGGAGUGGCUUCCUCCCAAGCCCAGCAGCUCCCCACCCUGGCCAUGAAGCCAGCGCCAGGCAGCAGCCAGCCAGCCUCCAGCGCUUCUCAGGGCAAGGCCGCGGCUCAGGCACCCACCAUGGGCUCCAAAGGAGGCCAGGCUGAGCAGGUGACGGAGCACCUUAAAAAGGGAGACAGCGUGCCCAGCAGCGCCGACAGCCGGGGGCACCCCAUGAACCGCACAGUGACGCCGGUGACCAGCCACCCCCUCAUUGCCCCAGCCUACGCCCAGCUGCAGCCCCACCAGCUCCUGCAGCAGCAGAAGCAGAUCCAGCACCAGUUUGUGAUCCAGCAGCAGCAGAUCCAGCCCAGGCCUCAGCCUCAGCUCAUCCAGGGCGGUGCCAGCACCUCACCCCAACUCCAGCCACUGCCCUCGCCCACGCCCAGCCUGGCUGUGCAGCCCAGCCCGCAGGCGCAGGUCCAGCUCCAGGGCCACGGUGCCCCGCAGGCCCAGGCCUCUCUGCCCCACCCACAGCCGUGCCAAGCCUCCAGCCAGCACAAACCUGGCACCAGCCAGCCCUGCCCGCCUACUCCACACGUCUCUGGGCUCCAGGCCGUGGGCCCAGCGCCACCCGGGGCAGAGGGCGGGACCCAGAAUGGACACCCUGGGUGCCUGAACCAUGCUGCACCACGCAAGUUCCAACACGCCUCGGCCGUGAUCCUGCAGCUGCAGCCCGCCGUUGGCACGCCGCAGCUCGGCAUCCCGGAGAACUCCAGGAAGGACGUUCUUCCUGCCGAUAAGAGCUCGGAGAGCCUGCCAGCGCAGCAGCAGCAGGCAGCUGCCCCAACGCCCCCGGCCGUGGCCCCAGCCCCGGAGGACACAGAGUGCAGGCGGCCCCCGGCUCCCGAGCCAGGACAGGACCGUGUUCAUGCCCAGAGUGACCCCAGCAGCCCCGGCAUGACAUCAGGGAACGGAAACUCUUCUUCUACGGUUGCUGGCACUGCCCCCCAGAAUGGUGAGAAUAAACCACCACAGGCCAUUGUGAAACCCCAAAUCCUGACGCAUGUUAUCGAAGGGUUUGUGAUCCAGGAGGGGGCAGAGCCUUUCCCGGUGGGGCGCUCCUCGCUGCUGGUGGGGAAUCUGAAGAAGAAGUAUGCGCAGGGCCUCUUGGCUGAGAAACUCCCACAGCAGGACAACACGACCACCACCGACUCGGAGAUGGAGGAGCCCUACGUGCAAGAGUCCAAAGAGGAGGGGACCCCUCCGAAGCUGAAGUGCGAGUUGUGCGGCCGUGUCGACUUUGCCUACAAGUUCAAGAGGUCCAAGCGCUUCUGCUCUAUGGCCUGUGCCAAGAGGUACAACGUCGGGUGCACGAAGCGCGUGGGGCUCUUUCACCCUGACCGCAGCAAGCUCCAGAAGCCCGGGGGACCCCCGCACGGGCGCCGCCGCACCUGCAAAAGUGCCCUCCCCACCCUCAGCAAGGACACCAAGAAGCAGACACCGGUGUCCCUCUCCACGGGUUCGGUGCCACUGUCCGUCACAGCGUCGCUUCAGCUCAACCAUGCCCAGGAGGACUCCAGCCGCUGCUCAGACAACUCGAGCUAUGAGGAGCCGCUGUCACCUGUCUCGGCCAGCUCGUCAGCCUCGCGCCGACGCCAGGGUGAGCGCGACAUGGAGCUGCGCGACAUGGAGCUGCCCGACAUGCACAUGCGGGACCUGGUGGGCAUUGGGCACCACUUCCUGCCUAGCGAGCCUACCAAGUGGAACGUGGAGGACGUCUACGAGUUCAUCCGCUCCCUGCCUGGUUGCCAGGAGAUCGCGGAGGAGUUCCGGGCCCAGGAGAUCGACGGGCAGGCGCUGCUGCUGCUGAAGGAGGAUCACCUCAUGAGCGCCAUGAACAUCAAGCUGGGCCCUGCACUGAAGAUCUACGCCCGUAUCAGCAUGCUGAAGGACUCCUAGAGCCGGCAUCUCCCGGGCUGGCAGAGACCUGCCAUGGCGCCCGCGGGGACAGCUUGGAGGACGCUGGGCCUAAGGCUCCCCAGGGCCCCAGGCACUGAGCACAAAUGGCCCCUCAACACGCUGACGGGCACGGACGCUGUGGGGGUCGAUGUCUGCACGGACCCUCCUUCCCUGCCCAGCUGCAGGCAGGGAAGGGUCUGUACAUACGUGGUAGCAUUAGCUUCCCCUUUCACUCCCAGCCCAGGUCGUGCAAGGGCAAGUUGAGAUGGGAGCCUGGGCACGCACCAGAUGGGGCAGGGUGCACCUUCUCCAAUGUAGGCUAGGCAGCCUCUUGGGAGCCGCCUUUUCUCUAUCUCCUUGCCAAGGCUGGACAGGGCGCAGCAGCUCGGACUGGACCCAAACCUACUUGAAACCUCCAUGCUAAACAGGAUGGUUGCCUUAACGUGGGGUGCGCGGUUGUGCUGACAGCGGUGAUGCCCUCUGCUCCGAGCACACAGCCGGGUCGGGCCUGCACAGCAGAGGCUGCUGGGCAUGGCGGCAUCGUCCUCCAUGCAGGCUGGUAACUGAGUGGCAUCUCGCACUGUGAAGCUCUUCUGGACGACGGGGCUACUCCUGCUGCAGCACGGGGCAGGGGUGAUGCCAGGGUGUGACCACGGCCCUGCCAGCCCAGGUUGCACUGGGGCUGGGGCUCCACUCGUCUCCUCUGGGCUUGGGCACCAGCAGAGCCAGGAGUGGGCAAGGAGCUAUGCCUCCCUGCCCUGGGGGGAAACAAGGAGAGAUUAGCUCCUUCUGCCUCCCCUUGGCUGGGCCACCCACUCCUUGGCCGCCAGUUGGAGCUGCUUGCUGGACUCCUGUCCCUCCUUUCAGCACAGGUGCUGGGCCUUGCUCCUGUGUCCAAAGAGCCCGUUCUGGCCUCUAGGAUUGAGGUCUGAUGGCCGGGAGCCUCUUCCUUCUGGCUGUGAGAAGCCCCCAAGGGCCACUACCCCCCUCACCUGAGCAGCCAUCUGCCCCGAGCAGGGUAGGGGUGGGGGAUGGCCCGGCGCCACAGGCUCUGGUCCCGGCUGCUUGUACAGGCUGUGCAGGGCCUCCCUGCUGCCUGGGCUGCACACACCUCUUUUUAACCCCUUUUUCUGUUGUUUUUAAUAAAGCAUUGGAAAAAAUA